AUGGAGUUUGAUGUCUUUGAAAAGUUAAGUGAGCUGGAGACGGAGAUUCACAUUUUGAAGAAAGAACUUGAGGAAAAGGAUGCAUUUAUCGAAAAUCUAAUGGAUAAAAACACCGAAUUGGAACGUCGCCUGCUGUCCAUUGGUCAUCAGAACCAUUUGAAUGAAGGUAGUUCACCGGAUGCAAAAGCAGUUGUUGCCGAUGGUUCAGAUUCACUGGAACCUAAAAUAUGUGGCACUACAAUAGCUAAUAUGCUCAAAGAAACAUCAGAGGCUGUUGUACGUAAUACCGGUUAUACAUUUGAUGAACGUACUGGUUUGUACUAUGAUCAUAAGAGCGGUUACUAUUAUGAUCCAGAGAAUCAGUUAUUCUAUGAACCUAAAACUGGGACAUAUUAUAAGUAUAAUUCCGAGACCGGUGAAUACACAAAUUACACGGCAUCAGAAGAUGAUUGUAUAAAAAACAAAUUUAAAGAAUUCUCGCAUCCUGUGUACGCGCAUUUACUAAAGGUCAGUAUUUAUCGAGUCAUUGGAUCAUCAGUGGAGAUACAGUUGUACAGAAAACAAUCAAAUCCACUCGAACGAAACAAACAUUUGACAUUUUAUCUCGAUCCUUUUACUUACAUUCUCUUUUGUUUUCAUUACUUUUUACUUUCGGAAUAUAAUUGUUGCGGGCGAGAAAAAAACUUGGAUGAUUAUGGUCGGCAAUCAAAAACAUCAAGACGCAGUCUAUCGUCGAGCAGUGAUGUUGGGCACCGUAGAAGACACUGGAGUCGUAGUCAUUCUGGUUCACGAUCGGGACGUUCGUACUGUAGACAUAAGCAUGAAAGUUCAUGUCGAUACGACAGACCAGUUCACCAAUAUUCAAGAUGCAGACGAAAAUCGCUAAAACGCUCUCAUCGUUCUUGCAGUUCACGAAGCGAUGAAAGUCGUUACGAACGCAACAAACAUCGUAAAAGAAAACAUUCCCGUCGACACAGACGUCGAUCAUCUUCAACUACUGGGUCUAUAUGUUCAUACAAAAGUCGAAGUACCACUCACAAGAAAAAGAAGAAGCGAAAGAGGAAAAGUAGAAGAAGUCGUUGCAGCAGUAUUACAGAAAAACCCUGUAGAAUGAGUACGCAAAAGAACGAUCAGUAUCUAAUAAAGAGGCUAUAA